AUGGGGAAUCGGCAGGGUCGACCGACUUUGCGCGAUUUGGCCUGCACGGACCGCGGACGUCAGACAGCAUGCCCAAUUAAGUUCCCGAUGCAUGUCGUGCCCUUGGAUGUAUUCCUUUCACUGCGCCGCCUGAAGCCGUUUCAAGAGCUCUAUCAGGAAGGCAAGUUGGUGAAGUUCCAUGCCCAGAUGGGUAACGUCAUCUUCGUAUCACAUCAGUGGUUGAAGAAGAUGCAUCCCGACCCACACUUCCAGCAGACGAGGGUCCUUCAAGAAGCACUCGUUAACCUCCUGUCUGGUCGAAGCCGUGUGGCUCCGCAGGCAGGAUGCAGCUUCGCGCAGAAUGUGCGAAUCCAAGAUCUCAAGGCUAAGCCGCUUUACAUUUGGUACGACUACAUGUCGUGCCCACAGCUAGUCGCUGACAAGGGAGAUCCCGCCGUUCUGCAAAGCCUGCACAAUGCAGUGGAGAGUAUCCCCGGCUACGUGCAGAUGUCCGCAUUCUUCUUCAUUCUUGCCCCACCUGUGCAGCACAUGGAGACCGGCCGCCUUCUUAGCUAUUCGUCAUGGAAGGCCCGUGGCUGGUGCCGCCUCGAGCGUGCUGCGCACUGCUUGGCUUUAGAGUCGAUGUCGGCGCCGGUGGUGGUGGAGGGCCCGGAGCUGCAAUACGCGACGCAUCACGUGGAGACGCUACUGCAGCCUGUGGGAGCCGGGGAAUUCCGCUCAGAGCACGACAAGCAGAAGGCCGCCUCUCUCCUGCGAGCUAUGGUGACGAGGAAGAUGGCCUUCUACCAGGACCAUGGAGACCUCCAGAGGUAUAGAGUGAUGUUGAACACUGGGCAUCUCUACUUGCAGAAUCUCUCGCUGCAAAACGACAGCUUCAACGUGGGAUCUCCCGCGGGAUUUCUUUCCGGCAAAGUUUCUGGCCGUGCAGAUCUAUCCUCGUUCAUGCGAUGGAACGGUUUCGAUGCUCUGGAACCGUGUGCAAACACUUGGCCUCCGCUGAUUGCUGCCGCCUUGUCAGGUGGAGCCUCGCUCGUGGCAGAACUUUUGAAUGCAGAGGCUGACGUGAACUAUCAGGUACCGGAGUCGGAGCCCAUCCUGAACGUCGCUGCUGGAAUGUCUGCACUGCAUAUUUGCAGCAUGCUGGGCAACAACAGGGCAUUGAAGGCUCUGAUAGAUGGCCGGGCAGAUCUUAGCAUUUCGGAUUCCCAUGGAAAGACAGCGCUGGACAGGGCCCAUGAGAUGAAGAACCACGACGCUGUGGUGCAGUUGCUUCGCACAGGAGAUGGUGAGAUCCCUGGGCAUGCCAACACCUUGGCUACCUGCUGCGUGGCUGAAGCACGGGCACGACCUUCAAACCCAGAGCCGGCGUGA